AUGUUUAUUUUAGAUAUUUAUUUAAUUAUAAUUGGAUUAUUAAUUUUAAUUGUGGGAGUUUUAAUUGGUGUUGCUUAUUUAACUUUAUUAGAACGGAAGGUUUUAGGUUAUAUUCAAAUUCGUAAAGGUCCUAAUAAAGUAGGGUUUAUAGGAAUUUUACAGCCUUUUUCUGAUGGUAUUAAAUUAUUUACUAAAGAACAAACUUAUCCUAAUUUUUCUAAUUAUAUUUGUUAUUAUUUUUCUCCUGUUUUAAGAUUUAUUUUAUGUUUAAUAAUUUGAAUAUUAAUUCCUUAUUAUUUUAAUUUAGUUAGAUUUAAUUUAGGAAUUUUAUUUUUUUUAUCUUGUACCAGAUUAGGGGUUUAUACAGUUAUAGUUUCUGGUUGAUCUUCUAAUUCUAAUUAUGCUUUAUUAGGAGGAUUACGUGCUGUAGCUCAAACUAUUUCUUAUGAAGUUAGAUUAGCUUUAAUUUUAAUAUCUAGAAUUGUAAUAAUUAUAGAUUUUAAUUUAUUAAUAUUUAGUUUAUAUCAAAGUAUAAUUUGAUUUAUUUUUUUAAUAUUUCCUUUAGGUUUGUGUUGAAUAAGAUCAAGAUUAGCUGAAACUAACCGAACUCCAUUUGAUUUUGCUGAGGGUGAAAGAGAGUUAGUUUCUGGAUUUAAUGUAGAAUAUAGAAGUGGGGGGUUUGUUUUAAUUUUUUUAGCUGAAUAUUCUAGAAUUUUAUUUAUAAGUUUAUUAUUUACUUUAAUUUAUUUAGGGGGUUUUAACUUAAGAAUUUUUUUUUAUUUAAAAUUAAGUUUAAUUUCUUUUUUAUUUGUUUGAGUUCGGGGUACUUUACCUCGUUAUCGUUAUGAUAAAUUAAUAUAUUUAUCUUGAAAGAGAUAUUUACCUGUUUCAUUAAAUUUUUUAUUAUUUUUUUUAGGGUUUAAGGUUUUUUUAAUUUAA